ACGAAAAACAGCAAGCCGACAGUGGGGGCACCGCCGCCGGUCGUCUGCUCGUCGCUCGUCCGGCGUUGAUGGCCGCUGUGGGGGGAGAGAUGGCGAUAAUGUCCUUGCAUAUUUCGAUCGCCACAGUUGGUGAUGCUUUUGAGCUUCGCCAGAUUUUUAGCGAUUGAGAUUUGGCUUGGCGAGUUGCGUUGGAGGCCUGAUUUUGGGGUUGGCUCCCUAUAUCAGCAACAAUCCCAACUUCAAACCAGUUCGCGCAAACUCUCAACCCUCUUCUCAACCCACUUCGACCUUCUCAACCCUCUUUGAAAUCAAAAUCGAAAUCUGAAAGCCCUUUCGCACAAACUCUGCAAAUUGUUGAUUCUGCGAGACCGGCGAAGUUCAAACAUUUUCAGAAACCUCCCUCCUCUGCUCGGGAGAUUUAAAAUCACACAAGAAUAGUGUCUAGAGAGAGAGAGAAUCAAGUAAACCAUUCAAGCGGAUAUCAUUCAUAUAUAAUGGCAAUGGAUGGGUUCGGAAGAAACUCAGGUCCACGUUUUGGUACUAUAGCAGAAAAUCCAUUUAGCAACUUGCCUUCUCGAUCUCCCAGGCCCAUGAAGUCUUCACCUAAAGUCAAUGAUGGGCAAAAAUCUCUUUCCAGCAGUUUUGAUGCUCAUACUUAUCUAAGGUCUUCUACGGUUUCCUCAUUUACUGCUUCACAAAAUUCUGGAGUUUACUUCCCUGCCAGACCAUUUCAAGACCUGAAAAGAACUAGAUCGCCUGAAUUAUUAUCUACUGAAGAGGAUAGUGUGAGAAGCACCAGAAGGAGCAGUGCGAGGCCUCCAGAUUCGCUCUUUAAUUAUGAUACCCACUCUCUAUCACCAAGGAGGCCAUCUCCUCGUCCAUUCCCAGAAGAACAUCAUGCUAUCAGGAAUUUCAGGCCACCUGCUGAAACUCAGAGGCCUUCAGAUAUAUUCUUCAAUGAUCAUGGAUAUUCUGUAAUGCCAAGGACACGAUCACCUCCACCUUUUCCAGGGAACAAUCAACCUGUAGGAAAUUUCAGUCCUCUUCUUGAAACUCAGAGGUUGUCAGAUACACUUUUGAAAGAUCGUAGGCAGUCUGGGUUGUCAGGGACCCAGUCUCCUGUGUUUCCUGGAAACUAUCAUACUGCAGCAAAUUUGAGCCCUCUUGUUCAAACUCAGAGGCCUUCUGUAUCUCCCCCUCUUCAGGGUAACCAGGUGAGGUUGAACUAUAACAACUCAUGGGUUCGCCAAGACCAGUCUCCUGUGUUACCCUACGAUUCUAGAAAACAGGUUACUGCCAAAAAUGUGGAUGCUCAAAUUUUAAAAAGAACCAGAUCCCCUCCUCUAUCAUCUGCAAAUGAAGUUCCCAUGGGAAAUUCUCAGCUUAGUCAAAUUGAUUCUAAAAGGCCUGCUCCACCUCCUCCCAUGUCGGGUGUUAGAUCAAAUAAUCUCUCCGAAGCUCCUGAUCCUGAACUUAUUUCCAAAUCCCUGCCAUCUGCACAAUGUAUUGAUGAUGAAGCUGCUGCAAUCAAGCCCCUCAACAGCCCAUCUCCCAAAAGAACUAGGUCACCUCCUUUACCUUCUACUGAUCAAGCCUUUCAGGGGAACUCUUCCAUGCAAGAUGCCAUUGAACGAGAAUUGCAAGCCAAAGCAAAGCGAUUGGCUCGCUUCAAGGUGGAACUCAGCCAACCUGCACAAAGCACUUCUGGCAAUGGAAAUCACAAGUUUUCUAUGAAUAGGCGUGAUCAGUCUGUGAAUGAAAAGCAGAAAUCUACAGGGAAACACUUAGCAGACAUGGCAGGGGAUUUUCCUAAUGAUAAUGUUCUGCCAGAUAUUGAAGGUUCAGAAUCAUCAACCAUCAUAAUUGGAUUGUGUCCAGAUAUGUGUCCAGAGUCAGAAAGGGAAGAAAGGGAGAGGAAAGGGGACCUUGACCAGUAUGAACGCUUGGAUGGAGAUAGAAAUCAAACCAGUAAAUCCCUUGCUGUGAAGAAGUACAAUAGGACAGCAGAAAGGGAACCGGACUUAAUAAGGCCCAUGCCAGUAUUGCAGAAGACGAUUGAUUAUCUCCUUCAUCUUCUACACCAACCUUAUGAUGAGAAGUUUCUUGGUUUAUACAACUUUUUGUGGGAUAGAAUGAGAGCAAUACGGAUGGACUUGAGAAUGCAGCACAUUUUUAACCUCAAAGCUAUUAAGAUGCUGGAGCAAAUGAUAAGACUUCACAUAAUAGCCAUGCAUGAGUUAUGUGAAUAUACAAAAGGAGAAGGCUUUUCAGAGGGAUUUGAUGCACACCUCAAUAUAGAACAGAUGAAUAAAACAUCUGUUGAAUUGUUUCAAUUAUAUGAUGAUCACAGGAAGAAAGAAAUACAAAUGUCAACAGAAAAAGAAUUUCGAGGUUAUUAUGCACUUCUCAAGCUGGACAAACACCCUGGAUACAAAGUUGAACCUGCUGAGCUCUCACUUGAUCUCUCCAAUAUGACACCUGAGAUACGACAAACUCCAGAUGUAUUAUUUGCCCGCGAUGUAGCAAGAGCCUGCAGAACAGGUAACUUCAUAGCCUUCUUUAGGCUUGCAAGAAAGGCAAGUUAUCUGCAAGCAUGCUUAAUGCAUGCCCACUUUGCGAAGUUGCGCACCCAGGCACUUGCUUGUCUACAUGGUGGUCUACAGAAUAGCCAAGGUAUCCCUGUCUCACAAGUUGCCAAAUGGCUUGCAAUGGAGGAUGAAGAUAUUGGAAGCUUGUUGGAGUACCAUGGUUUUCCGAUAAAAGAAUUUGAAGAACCAUACAUGGUGAAGGGUGGGCCAUUUCUCAAUAGUGAAAAUGACUAUCCAGUUAAGCGUUCAAAACUUGUUUAUAUGAAAAAGUCAAAAAGGAUAGUGGAGGAUGUCUUGUCUCCUCAUCUCUCAAUCUCAUUACCUGCUGAAAAACUAGAAGAAGUUAAGUUGGUAAAGGCCUGUGGGCAAGAAUCAGAACCUGUUCAAUUCCUUAAAGCAGGAAGUCCAACCCAGGUUAUUGAUGAGGAAAUGGAUGAUUUUGAAGCAGUGCCAUCACCUAGAGAUGGUAAACAAGACAGGCCCAUGGUCAAAGCAUUAGUAACUGGUCAACAGAAUGAAGAGGGUAAUCAGAUGCCACUCUUGAGUCCUUUAUCAUGGGAUUUCUCAUUGGCACAUAACUCCCCCAGGUCUCGGCAAACUGGACUUGGAAGCAUAGGAAGAUCAAAUUAUGACACCAAGUUCCGUAACUCUCUAGAGAGGAAGACACCUUCUGACAUUGUAGCAAUUCCAUGUCAACUUAUAUCAGGAAGAGUUGACCAGGAGAUUCCUAGUUCUGAAUUUAAUCCUGCUAUGGAAAAUUCAGCAACCCAGAACGUUUUUCUCCAAGAUUUGGAUGAUGAAGAGCAUUCAGAUAGUCAUCAAGAUAUUGAAGCUGAAAAAGUUGAGCCUAGUCAUUUUGAUGAGGAAGUUGCUGAGGCAAAAGUCAAACUGAUCCUUAGAAUGUGGAAGCGUCAUGCAUCAAGGAAAAGAGAGUUACGUGAACAAAGGCAAUUGGCUUCCAUGGCUGCAUUAAGUUCACUGUCGUUGGGCCCACCAAUUAGGCAAAACAUAUCUCAACCGCAAAAUUUUGCCGAUUUCAACAUUGACCUCAUUAUGAAUGAGAGAUUUGAAAGACAUGAAAGAUCAUGGUCCAGGCUAAAUGUUUCAGAUGUGAUAGCUGGUACACUUCGUGGAAUAAACCCUGCUGUCAAAUGUUUUUGCUGGAAAAUGGUAUUAUUUUCUCAGAUGGACAAUGAAGAUAACAAGCUGCAAGAAUGGAGGCAAGGCACCCAUUUUACUGCAGGACCAUGGUUGCUUUCUAAGAUCAUGCCUGUGAGACAAGAUGCUGAUGAAGACCUGAUAAUUUCUUCUGCUGGCCUGUCCAUAUGGAAGAAAUGGGUUCAUGGCCAAUCUGAUGUUGACCUUGCUUGCUGUUUGUCAAUAGUCAGGAAUGCUAAACUUGACAGCUUGAAUGAGACACUGUUGGGUGCCAGUGCAGUGUUAUUUCUUGUAUCUGAAAGUAUCUCUUUGGAGAUUCAAAAGUUCCGGCUCCACAAGCUUCUUACAUCUGUACCUUCUGGUUCCCGACUUCCCCUUCUAGUAAUAAUGGGUUCACAUGAAGAAAAUUCAGAUUCUUCUUCCAUUGUGGCUGAAAAAUUGGGUCUUAAUGACAUGGACAAAUCACGGGUAUGCAACUUUUCAGUUGUUUUCCUUGCGAAAAGACAGCAACUAGAAAAGCAUGAUGGAUUUUUCAGUGACGAGCAAUUGAGAGGGGGACUCCAGUGGCUUGCCAGUCAGUCGCCUUUACAACCUGCUAUUAGUUAUGUUAAAACAGACGAACUGGUGUUGACCCACUUGAAUACUUCUCUGGAGGUGCUUAAUAAGAUGAGUGCUUAUGAAGUUGGUCCAGACCACUGUAUAGCAGCCUUUAAUGAAGCAAUGCAUCAAGCCAUGGGGAAGGUUGCUGCUGCAGCUGGUGUGAACCCUUCCUCUUGGCCUUGUCCCGAGCUCACCUUGUUGGAGAAGACCAGUGAUGAGUAUGAAAUGGUAAAGUCAUAUUUGCCAGACAUAGGAUGGAGCUCAUCGGCAAGAAUUGAACAGCUUAUUUCUGCAUUAAGAGAGACUGAACUUCCUGCUUUUCGUGAUGACUUAUCUUGGCUCCACAAAGGUUCAAAUUUGGGCAGAGAUAUCGAGAACCAGAAGGUACAACUUGAGAACUGCUUGAUCAGAUAUCUGACCCAGUCGAGCAAGAUGAUGGGAUUGUCCCUAGCAACAAAUGAGGCACAUGUAAUGCUACAAAAGAAUGCGCGGCUUGAGCUACACAACUCAACCUACUAUAUUAUUCCAAACUGGAUGAUGAUUUUCCAACGAAUUUUCAAUUGGCGCAUUAUGAGUUUAUCUGCCGGUCCAUCCUCCACAGCGUAUGUACUGGACCAGCCUGAUGCCUAUACUUCAACCUCAGGUUGGGAUAAAUUGGGGAUUCAAAACAGCGGAUCUUCACCUUAUUAUUUAGAUCAUCCUUCUCUGGACGAAAUGGUAGAAGUUGGCUGUGGCUUGAUUGCAUGGAGCAACGAUAAUACAGUAGAUGCAACUUUUCAUCCCCCGUCGGUAAUGGUUUCUAGUGGUACUAAAGCCAUUGAAGCUACUGAUGCAAGGAAAAUGACUGCAAAUAGACUAAACUUGGGUAAAGAUGCUAACUUGGAUGAGAUGAAUGAUGGGAAUAUUAUAGAACAUAGAUCAAAUGACAGGAGUAUUGAGUUGGUGGUGGCCACAAAGGAAGCAGACAAAUUAAGCAAGUUGUUGGAGCAGUGUAAUAUUUUGCAGGACCUGAUAGACAGGAAGCUAUCAAUUUAUUUCUGAUAUGUACAACUAUACCUGUGAUGUUUUGUAGAAUUAUGUUAAAGUGAGGCUUUGUACAUUUAUAAUGAGCUCUGUAGUUUGUUGGAAAUAUUGAUUCAAAGGAAGAGGAAAUUCUACUUUGGUCUCU